AUGUCGGACAAUAUAAUCUUACCAUCUUUGCCCCCAAUAGGCUCGUUGACUAUAUCAGACUCCGGCAACGGAUCAAGCACCAGUGCCAAUGCAAAUACCAGCACCAAUGUUUCUUCUGGCUCAGGUGCCAACAGAAAUUCGAUGGGAUUUGGAUACAAUCCAUCGAUUGGACCCAGCUCCAACUUAAUAACCGAAGAAACAGUGAGUUUACACCUAAGCAAUAAGAAAAUCAUCAAUAUUACGCCCCAGUCACAGAAUUCAAUAUACGAUCGUAAUAUCAACAAGAAGGGACUUGAAAUCAGUUUGUCUGCGUUGUCGUUCUUGUUCUGUGAGAUAAUCAGCUGGGUGCAGGGUCAAUCUAAGGGUAUCCAGGACUUGGAAGCAAGAUUGAACGGGCUCGGAUACCAAAUUGGCCAGCGAUAUUUGGAGUUGGUCAAACUCAGAGAAGGCAUAAAAUAUGGCAAGAGAGAAAUCAAAAUUAUAGAAAUCUUACAGUUUAUACAUGGUCCCUUUUGGAAGGCGAUUUUCGGUAAAGUGGCCAACGAGUUGGAGAAAUCUCAGGACGCUGAGAAUGAGUAUAUGAUCUCAGAUAAUGUUCCCUUACUUUCCAAAUUCAUCAGUGUUCCCAAGGACUACGGAAACCUAAAUGUUUCAGCCUUAAUAGCUGGUAUAAUUGAAGGAGCGUUGGACUCGUCGUUUUUCCAGGCUGAAGUGAGCGCGCAUUCUGUUCCCAGAGACGGGCUACCACUAAGAACCACAUUUUUGAUAAACUUCGAUAAAAGUGUGCUAACCAGAGAAGAAAUGAGGUUCAGCAGAUAA